GCUGACUGUACGGUCUGGUGGGUUAACUGGCCGCGGGAUACCCGCUUCUAACCGCCCACCCGGAAGAGGAGCCGGCCGGGCAGCCGAGGGGGACGCGCUGCGCCGGGGGCUGCGGUUCUCGCGCUCUGGAAUCCAGGCUGAAGAGAGGCUCUUUUAUCAAAUGUCACGCCAUGCUUUUACCACCUUUCUGGUUAAAGACUGAUUUUCUUCUCAGAGCAUUUUCCUGCUAAAAUGUCCUUACCUCUAACAGAGGAGCAGAGAAGAAAGAUCGAAGAGAAUCGACAAAAGGCUCUGGCCCGUAGAGCAGAGAAAUUAUUAGCAGAACAGCUUCAGAGCACAUGCUCGGAUUCCUCCACUCCUUCAAAACCAUCCCAGUCUAAGCAGUGUCCUGCCCAGAACCCCCUCAGGGAUCCUUCUAAGCCUGUGAACCAUCAUGGCAGUGACAACACCAAGCAACAGAAUCCCAGCAGUUUAUUUCAUGGAGACCAAAGACCUCAUCAUUCCCACAGUUCUCAUCCCCCCAGCACAUCAGAGCAGGCAAACGGGGCAUCCAAGAGCCAGAAAGAGAUGCCCACAGCCUGCCCAAGCCAGAGCCCACCAAGACAAAUGACACUCCCUGCCAUCUCCCCUCCCUUGGCACAGAGCCCUCCAACAGUCCCCACAACUCAUGAACCUUUGGCCAAAGCCAAGCUAUCCCAAGAGACACCAGCAUGUUCCUCUACGUGGCCUCUCAGGGAUCCUGACAACAAGACAGCAACACCCUCCACUCCAGGGCAGAGCACUGCCAACACCCUUUGUGGCACAGGGAGUGUGAUGCCCAGGACAGAGGGAAGGCCCCAGCAGAAGGGGAGAUGCAUACGGAACGGAGAUCGUUUUGAGGUGAAGAUCGGGUACAAUGCGAAGCUCAUUGAAGUGUUUAAGCGGCUGCCCAGCAGAAACUACGAUCCUGUCACCAAGACGUGGAACUUUGGCAUGAGUGACUACGGUGCCCUGAUGACAGCAGCCCGGAGCCUCCCUGCAGUUACCCUGCAGCCUUUGGAAGUGGCCGAGGGCAGCAGGGAAGCCUUGCCCACUGACGCUGGUGGCAGCAGCAGCAGUGACAGCUGGACACAGCCUGGCCUGCCUCCUGCUCCCUCCCUUGCCUUUGUCAAAGGACGAUGUGUGCUCAUCUCCCGGACCCGAUUUGAAGCAGACAUCGGCUACUCCCAGGAGCUGAUCGCUGUGUUCAAACAGAUGGAUUCCAGAAACUACGAUGCCAAGACCAGGAAGUGGAACUUUCUCUUGGAAGAGCACAGUAAACUGAUUGAGUGUGUGCGCCGCCUCUCCCAAGUUCAGCUGGAUCCUCUGCCCACCACUCUGGUCCAGGCCUUCGCGUCUCAGCUGGAGAAGACGUCUCCUGAAACCGAGGUCCCUGAGGCAGACCUUUCUGGAGUGGACGCCAAGCUCGUGUCUAACCUGCUGCCCUUCCAGAGAGCCGGAGUCAACUUUGCCAUCGCCAAGAGGGGCCGCCUGCUGCUGGCCGAUGACAUGGGCCUGGGGAAGACCAUCCAAGCCAUCUGCAUAGCAGCCUUUUACAGGAACGAGUGGCCGCUGCUGGUGGUGGUGCCGUCAUCCGUACGCUUCACCUGGGAGCAGGCCUUCCUCCAGUGGCUGCCCUCCCUGCGUCCAGACAACAUCAACGUGGUGGUGAAAGGGAAGGACAGCCUGACAGCAGGCCUGGUCAACAUCGUCAGUUUUGACCUUCUGAGCAAGAUGGAGAAACAGCUGAAGUCCGCCUUUUUUAAAGUCGUCAUCAUCGAUGAAUCUCACUUCCUCAAAAACAUUAAGACUGCCCGCUGUCGUGCGGCUAUGCCCAUCCUCAAGAUGGCCAAGAGGGUAGUCUUGCUGUCAGGCACGCCCGCCAUGUCCCGGCCCGCAGAGCUCUACACGCAGAUCGUCGCGGUCAAGCCAACUUUCUUCCCUCAGUUUCACACGUUUGGGCUUCGCUACUGUGAUGCCAAGCGGCAGACCUGGGGAUGGGACUACUCAGGCUCCUCCAACCUGGGCGAGCUGAAGCUGCUGCUGGAGGAAGCCAUCAUGCUGCGCCGCCUCAAGUGCGACGUCCUCUCCCAGCUGCCCGCCAAGCAGCGCAAGAUGGUGUUGCUCGCUCCAGGCCACAUCACUGCCAAGGCCAGAGCCGCCCUGGACGCUGCAGCCAAGGAGAUGACCACCAGGGCCACGAAACAGAAGCAGAAAGAAGCCCUCAUUCUCUUCUUCAACAAGACGGCUGAAGCGAAAAUCCCAUCUGUCAUAGAAUACAUCCUGGACCUGCUGGAGAGUGGGAAAGAGAAGUUUCUGGUGUUUGCACACCACAAGGUGGUUCUGGAUGCUAUCACGAAGGAGCUGGAGAGGAAGCAUGUGCAGCACAUCCGCAUCGAUGGUGCCACCCCCUCGGCAGACCGCGAGGAGCUGUGCCAGCGCUUCCAGCUGUCCGAGAGGCACGUGGUGGCCGUGCUGUCCAUCACCGCCGCCAACAUGGGCCUCACCCUCUCCUCUGCUGACUUGGUGGUGUUCGCCGAGCUGUUCUGGAACCCAGGGGUGCUGAUCCAGGCCGAGGACCGUGUACACCGCAUCGGCCAGUCGAGUUCUGUGGGCAUCCACUACCUUGUGGCGAGAGGCACGGCUGACGACUACCUCUGGCCCCUGAUUCAAGAGAAGAUUAAAGUUCUGGGUGAAGCUGGGCUUUCUGAAGCCAAUUUUUCAGAAAUGACGGAAUCCACUGUUUUCCUGUACAAGGACCCAAUGCAGCAGACCAUCUACGACCUAUUCCAGAAGUCCUUAGAAGAAGAUGGGAAUGACAAGGAGCUCCUGGAGGCUGCAGAGCUCUUUGACCCAGGAAGUGCUUCAGGAGCUGCACAGAGUGGCUCCCUGGACGGAGAAGACAUACCGGAUGAAGGCACAUCAGCCGGCUGCUCAUCCAAGAAGAGGAGAUUUGAAUUUUUUGAUAACUGGGACAGUUUUACCUCUCCCCAGUGAGGGCUGUGGGGGGGGGGGGGCAGGGGAUAAACAAGAUUUAAGAAUCACGGAAUUC